AUGGUGCAGCUGCGGAAGCUCGCCAGAUACAAGAGGCUGAUUGGCCAAUCUCCGCGUCCCAACCCCGAGUGGCGUCAGUGGGACGGCAUGCUGCGGCCGCCAAAGCUCCACCCUUUCAUUGCGCGGGGGUACCCACAGUUCGAGAAGCCGUACGACCCGGCAAACCGCCUCACACCGGCCUCGCAGCGGAAGUGGACGCCACCACCGUCGCCCCGAAUUGUGAGCCGGAACAGUGAAGACUACAACGAGAACAACCUCCACGAGCUGAAAAGCAAGUUCCAGUUUGAGGUCAAAGGCACCUUCCACGAAAAGGGCUACCUGGCUGAGAAGGAGGUCUUCGAUACUGCCUUCCAACUCCACCUGGUUGGGUGGCUGAAGGUCCGGGCCGCCUUCAUCCUUGGUCAUGUGCAGGGCGACACCUACGCGCUCUCCUACUUCAAGAAGUACCUGGAGGAGAAGCACCUCUCCCGUGAAGCGGGCACCAUCGAGUGGGUGCGCCUUUGGGAGUACAACACCGGUCUCGAAGUUCCCCUGA